AUGGAAGAUGCUCAAGAUUUAGUAGAGAAGCUUGCAUCCGCAUUUCAAUUGCGUGAUCUUGGUCUUCCUAAAUUCUUUCUUGGCAUUGAAGUGGCGAGAUCAACUGAAGGAAUCACUAUUAACCAGAGGAAGUAUGUGUUAGAUAUGUUGGAGGCUUCGGGUUUCUCUGAUUGUAAACCAUCGUCUAUACCCAUGGAGCCGAAUCAGAAGUUAUCUAAGGAGGAGGGGAUUGUUCUGGAAGACAAAAAACAAUAUCGGAAGUUGAUAGGUAAACUCCAAUACCUAACUAUCACGAGACCUGAUAUCACUUUUGCGGUAUCCAAGCUUUCUCAAUUUGCAUCUGAACCUCGUGACAUUCAUCUUAAGGCGCUUCACAAAGUCUUACGAUAUUUGAAAGGUUCUAUUGGUCAAGGUUUGUUUUACGGUACAGAUCAUAACUUUGAUUUGAGAGCCUUUUCAGAUUCUGAUUGGGGAGCGUGUACUGAUGAUAGAAGAUCAGUCACAGGGUAUGCCAUGUUUCUUGGAGAAUCACUAGUGUCUUGGAGAUCGAAGAAACAUGACACUGUUUCAUUGAGUUCUGCAGAAGCUGAGUUUCGUGUGAUGUGUGUGGCUAGUAAGGAGAUUCUUUGGCUCACACAUGUUUUGAAGUAUUUGCGAGUUCCUUUCUCUCUUCCAGCUUAUCUCUAUGGUGAUAACACAGCGGCACUUCACAUCGCCAGCAACUUUGUAUUUCACGAGAGAACCAAACAUGUUGAGUUUGAUUGUUAUAAGGUUCGAGAGUGUCUUGUGAAGGUUGCCGUCUCCUCUCUUUGGGUAUUUUGCAUUAAGUCGGUGUUAUUAUUCUUGAAGGAACUCGAUGCAGCUGUUCUACCACCAGACCAGCCGUUAAAUGAAUUAACAUCAUCAAGUUGUGCUGACAGUAACACAUUGAGUGUUAAGGAACUCGGUGCUUCUCUACCGCCACCACCGCCGCCACCGCCGCCUCCGCCCUACAAGCCGUCAGCACAAGGUUUUGUUGACUUUUAUCCACCACCAUCUCAAGAUCCUCUCACUGUUUGGGGAGCUCCUCCCCCCGGCCGCAGCAGUUGGAGUCCAGUGGCCAUAAAAUUGCCUUCUACUUCUAUUCUUCUACCGGAACCCAAACCGGGCAAGCGGUCGUUAUAUAUACAGUCACCAACUCCAUCUAACUUGGAAUAUCGAAGAACCUUUCAUCCUCCGUACACUCCGAGUCCAACUUAUAGUCCCACUGCCCCUGGCGGUUACAGUUACUCUCAAUCUCAGGAUGCUAUGCACGCCAAGCCACUGCUCUUUGCUAAAAUCGCACUCCAUUGCUACAAUCUCGAAAAGGGGACACACUUCGAACGUUUGGGUCUGCCUCGAGAUUAUGACCAGACCUUAGAGGCAAGGGAUCCAGCACGCAAUUACACUUGCAGGUUUGAAACAAGUGUUCGGCUUGCCACUGAGAAUAAAGAUUGCUUCCAUGUUGUCACAACCCGCUGCAGGCCCUUGCCCCCACCUCCUCCUCCAGGGGAAGAUGGAUUCCAAUGUGGAUUUGACACACUCUCAGUGGAUGAGCUUUUCAAAGGCAACAUGCCCGAUUGGUUGCCUGAUGACUAUGCCACUAGUACGCAGCUGCUCCUGCAAUACUACGAGAUGAAAGAAUCAGAGGUGGAACAAGCCAAAGAAUGGCUUCAUCUUUACGCUGAACUAGCCUUGUACACCAAGAAGCAGACGGACCCGUUCAUGUUUGAGCGUUCAAAGCCCCUGACCAGAGGAGUUGUCGACUCUCUGGAAAAGGUCGAGCUGUUGGAUAAUGCAGUCUUUUUCAUAACCUUCAAAACAAGUUGCGGUGGUGUGUGGAAAGGUAUCAUCAGGAGGACAAGGGAUGGGAUUCCAGAGCAUCUAUCCCUUGAAGCCAAGUGCUUCAUGUGAUGUGAAGAGUCAGUCUCUGAGGUUGACUAUGAGAGAGAGAGUAAUUUAAAAAAAAAACGGUCUGUAGUUCUAUCUACGCUAUCAAGUAUCUUUUAAGUUGAUUGUGCAAUCGUAAUGUUUGUCUUUUAAACUGAGUCUCUGAGGUUGAUUAUGUGAGUAAUUAAAAACGGUCCGAGUAAACGUUUGUAGUUCUUCUA